CGGGGACUGCCAGGCUCCGCGCGGCCCCCAGCCCGCGCCUGCCGCGUCCGCGCCGCACAGUUGCCCAUGGCUGACCUGAGCUUCAUCGAGGAUGCAGUCGCCUUCCCCGAGAAGGAGGAAGACGAGGAGGAGGAGGAGGAGGAGGGCGUGGAGUGGGGUUACGAGGAAGGUGUUGAGUGGGGCUUGGUGUUUCCUGAUGCUAACGGGGAGUACCAGUCUCCUAUCAACCUAAACUCCAGAGAAGCCAGGUAUGACCCCUCGCUCUUGGAUGUCCGCCUGUCUCCAAAUUACGUGGUCUGCCGGGACUGUGAAGUCACCAAUGAUGGACACACCAUUCAAGUUAUCCUGAAGUCAAAAUCAGUUCUGUCAGGAGGACCGCUGCCUCAGGGACACGAGUUCGAACUCUAUGAAGUUAGAUUUCACUGGGGAAGAGAAAACCAGCGUGGCUCUGAGCACACGGUUAAUUUCAAAGCUUUUCCCAUGGAGCUCCACCUGAUCCACUGGAACUCCACUCUGUUUGGCAGCAUCGAUGAGGCAGUUGGGAAGCCCCACGGCAUUGCCAUCAUUGCGUUGUUCGUCCAGAUAGGGAAGGAGCAUGUUGGCUUGAAGGCAGUGACUGAGAUACUCCAGGAUAUCCAGUACAAGGGAAAAUCCAAAACAAUACCCUGCUUUAAUCCUAACACUUUAUUACCAGACCCUCUUCUGCGGGAUUACUGGGUCUACGAAGGCUCUCUUACUAUCCCACCUUGCAGCGAAGGAGUUACCUGGAUAUUAUUCCGAUACCCUUUAACUAUAUCCCAGCUGCAGAUAGAAGAAUUCCGAAGGCUGAGAACACACGUUAAGGGGGCAGAACUUGUAGAAGGCUGUGACGGGAUUUUGGGAGACAAUUUCCGACCUACCCAGCCCCUGAGUGACAGAGUCAUUCGAGCCGCAUUUCAGUAGCCAGAAAGACUGUGAUCAAACCCAUCUGCA